UCCUCUCCGCUGCUCAGCGGAACCUCGGAGCGCGGCGCGGGGAGCCGGCCGGACCGGCGGGCAGAGGGGCUGGCGCGAGGAGAGAUGAGCACGAAGCAGGUGACCUGCAGGUACUAUUUGCAGGGAGUGUGUCGGGAGGGAAGUAAGUGUCUGUUCUCACAUGACUUGUCUACAAGCAAAUCCUCCACCGUCUGCAAGUACUACCAGAAGGGACAGUGUGCCUACGGAACUCGCUGCAGGUAUGACCACGUCAGGCUGCCUGCGCCGGGGGGAGCCGCGGCCCCUGCGCCUCCCUCGGCCUCGCUGCACGGCCCUCGCCCCCCGCCCGAGCACGCUGCCCCCAGCACCAGGAGCAAGCUGCAGGGGCCUGGCAAGCGGGAGAAGAAGACGCUGGUGCUCAGGGACAGAAAUCUGUGCGGGCUGGCGGAGCAGCAGCAGCAGCAGCAGCAGGCCGGCGGCAGGGCAGAGGCGCCGUGGGGCGGUGCCCCGGCGGAGCAGCCCGAGGUGAAGCCUCACUCCUACCUGGAAGCCAUCUGCAGCGGGCUGGCGGAGCCGGCGGCGGGCGGCGGCGCGGCGGAGCAGCUGUGUCCCUACGCGGCGGCGGGCGCCUGCCGGCUCGGCGAGCGCUGCCCCUACCUGCACGGAGACCUCUGCCAGGUCUGCGGCCUGCAGGUGCUUCACCCCUUCGACCCCGAGCAGAGGAAGGCUCACGAGAUGAUGUGCAUGGCAACGUUUGAGCACGAGAUGGAGAAGGCCUUUGCCUUCCAGGCGAGUCAGGACAAAGUGUGCAGCAUCUGCAUGGAAGUGGUGUACGAGAAGCCAUCGGCCUCCGAGAGGAGGUUUGGGAUCCUUUCCAACUGCAAUCACACCUACUGCCUCUCCUGCAUCCGGCAGUGGAGGUGUGCCAAGCAGUUUGAGAACCCAAUCAUCAAGUCGUGCCCGGAGUGCCGCAUCAUCUCCGAGUUCGUCAUCCCCAGCGCCUACUGGGUGGAGGACCAGGAGAAGAAGAACCAACUGAUUGAAGCCUUUAAGCAGGGAGUGGGGAAGAAGCCCUGCAAGUACUUUGAACAAGGGAAAGGAACUUGCCCCUUUGGAGGGAAGUGUCUUUACCUUCAUGCUUAUCCAGACGGGACCCGAGCUGAGCCUGAGAAACCACGGAAGCAGCUCAGCUCCGAGGGGACAGUGCGGUUCUUCAACUCUGUUCGCCUGUGGGACUUCAUUGAGGACAGAGAGAGCAGGACUGUGAGCAGCACGGACGACGAAGUCGCAGAACUGGGAGAACUUUUCAUGCACCUUUCCGGGGCUGAGGAGGAUUCUGCUACUUCUUAAGAGAGAGACCUCAAGGUGCUGUCUGCUGCAGCUCUCCAGCUCACUCUCUAGCAGUGCUUUUACUCUCUACAGCAGUUAGAAUGAAUGUGCCCUGUGGUUUACUUGUGCAGUCCUGGUCAAGUUUCCAGAUAGUUUUUGUAUGGCAACGAAAAUACUAAAAACACAUUGAAAAUAACUUCAAGCAAUUGCAUGGAAAGAAAACCAAACCAAACAAUCCCUGAAGCCCAAGAGGGUUUUCUCCCUCUCUGGCCUAACAGUGAGCUCAGCAGUGGCAUAAAUACAGAUCCACUCUCAGCAUCUGAAUCUCAACUGCUGAAACUGUUGCUAAAGUUACUUUGGGUAUUUUAUUUCUUACUAAAUCAACUAAAUGUCUACCUGCAAAAACCCACUGGGGUAAUGGUCACUGGAGCUUUCUCUCCCUUAAAAAGGAGAGGUAAGAACUAAUCCAUGACACCCCAAAGUAGUGGCUGGAGUGCAGAAUAAGUAAGUUCUUGCAGUGGGUAGUUCAGUGGGGCCUGGACACUGCCUGGCUCCCAAAGGCUGUGCCAGCUCAGUCCUUGCCCCCAUGUGAAGUGACAGCAGGCAUCUCCUGCUGCAGGCAGCACAACCAGACUGGUGGAGAGCUCUAGUGAUGCACUCACUGGAGUCACAGCACAGCUAAACCCAGCUGACAGCACAGAUUGGGUUAUGGAAAGAAAGAGUGAUGAGGUACCUCCAGCAGUCACUGCAACAGCCAUGGUCAUGGUCUGGUUCAGUUUCAUCUGUUCCAAUGGAUUUAACUGGAAGGAAAACCCUGAGUCAGUUAAAUGAAGCAGCCAACACUAAAUGCAAUAAAUAACCUUCUGAUCCCCUUCUGUCAGUGAUCUUAGUUUGCCACUACACAACAAACCAUUUUAGAUACAAAUGACUCAAGCAGUUUUACCUGCUGCUUUUCUUAUCACAGGGAGGGGGAUGGAAGGGGCUCUUCCAUCCCCAUGAACCUCUGUCAGAGU